AACCAUUUGAACCAUUUGAACCAAUCUACCCAUUUCUUCUGAACAAAUUUACUCCGGGUAUUUUAAAUGUAGUGCUACGAUGUCAAUAACGGGUCCUUCAUUUGAGAAUCUCGACAAGUCAAAGGGGUUAUGGAGAGCAGCCUAUGUUCUAAUAAAAAAGUUGGACACUGUUUACCAUGGUGGAAAGGCGAUUAAAACUGUCUUCAGUUAUGAGGCUUAUGGGCAUAGGUUAAGACUAAAGGAACUUCUUCAAAAGCUGAUGUUUAUGGAUUUAAGCACGAAUUUUAGAAGAACUGAGGAGCUUAUUUGGCGCAAAGCAUUUUACGAACCUUAUUUCCUGUAUAAAGUUUAUGUUAAGAACAAUGAUCAACAAGAUCGUGUCAAGUUGUUUGAAAACAUGCUUACCGUUCAUAUCCUCAGUGCUAUAGGAUACUACCAGUCUCUAAUUUUAGCUUUCCAAUCAGAGUUAGGAGAUGCACAACCUAAUAACUUAUGUUCAUGGAUCCCGAUAGCGUUGCAUAUCCCUCUUUACUGUGGAGUGUUCUUUGAGUUUGAGGAAAAGCAUAAUCCGUCUGUGGAGAAUAAGUCUGCAAUUAUCAAGUUGAUGCACAAAUGUUUGACAAAUAUCGGAGACCUAUUUCGAUACUUAAUUGAUUUUGGGGAUUCUAACGCUAAGCGACUUGCUUAUCGAUAUUACAAAGCGGCUUUUUACUUCGAUCCUCUUAUGGGACUGCCUCACAAUCAAUUGGGUAUUUUAGAUGUUGGACGUUGCUACGGCCUAAAUGCUAUUUUCCAUUAUUUACGUUGCUUAACAUCCCGUUCGCCUUUUGAGGGUGCUAAAGGAAAUCUCAUCACUGUAUUGGCUAAAAAUGAGCUUCGUUAUAGUACGAUUAUUCGCGAAAAGCCGUCUAAAAGUUCACGCAUUCGAUAUGCUUCUUAUUUCAGACCAAAAGAUUUCCGGAAGACUAUCAUGAAAUUCAUCUACCUAAUUCAACAGUUCCUGAAACCUGUAGAAUCCAGGGAUCCAGCAACAGAAAAUAUUUUUCAUGAUAUACUUGCAGAACUACACUCCUCAUUACUACUUACUGAUCAUUUAACUGUAAAAUCUGAAAGUAUCACUCAUUCAGAACAUACCAAUACCAAGUAUUUAAAAACUGGCGAAGUACAUCAAGAAAAACCAGAUCGUGUAGAGGAAACAUCUGAUCAGUUGACAGGACCUAUUUUUAUUAGAAUGCUCCUUAUUUCUAUACUUACUUAUGAGUAUAUACACCAGCUUAAAUUAGAACAAGAUCUCAGCAAACCAAGUGGAAAAAAAUCAGAUGAAAAUUCAAAUAUAGAGAGUCAUUCUCCUCAAGAAGCUGAAAGCACUUCAGCCUCUACUGGCUUGAUGACUAGUGAAGAAGAAAAAGUCAUUCAGACUGAUUCUUCCGAUAAUUGUUCAUCUGCAGUGGCUAAUAAAUGUGAAUCAUCUUCAGGCACGGCUAUACCUGAUCUUUAUGAACCGUUAUCAUUCGCUUUAAGCAUCGGAGAACUCUAUUUAACACAUGUAUGUAGACAAAUCUACUGUCGUCUAGGUCAGUUCAUGGAAGACCCUAAGGGAAAACCAAAUAAUUCAGUAUGUUCCGAUCCAUCUAAUCUUUCAGAAAAUCCGAAUUGCAACCAUAUUCCAAGUGACCAGCCACUACUCAGUAAUGUUUCGUCAACCGAACACCCUGAAGCUAUAUCAGAACUUGUCAAUCCUGACGAUGAAUUAGACGAUUCUGGUGAUAUUAAAUGUACAAGGACUAACUCACACGAAAGUAUGCACAGUACUACAGAUAACGAUGAGGACGAUGAAGGUCAUACAAGACUACGAUUUCGUAGAUACUCUUCAGAUGAAGAUUCAGAACAUGAGUUCGUAGAAAGGGGAACUGACGAAAAUGAUAACGAUUCAGAUACAGAUUUUUGGGGUUCUGAUGACUCUAGUUUAUUGCAUUCACAAGAUGAGAUUAAUUCUACCGGUACACCAUCAGACGAUGAUCUUGAUAUUUUAUCUGAUGAUCGGUUGAGGCGUGCUUCCAAACUGAACCGAAUGGGGUCUCAACGAGAUGCAAAACAAUUAAAAACGAAUGAUUCGUCAAAAUAUCUUCCAGAAUCCCGUUCAGUAAGUAAGGAUGUAAGAAGUACACUGACUUGUAUUUCAGAGGAGGAAGCGAUACAAGAAGGCAAGACGGAGAAAGUAGAAGUUCCUUCACUGGUUUCUCAAUCAUCUUCAGACAAUGCUAAGGAAUCAGUACAUCAUGAUUCUACUGUUGAUUCUGUGGAGAAAAAUAUAUGUCACUCUUCAAAAUGUCAUUCAGAUUCUAUUAAAGAGAAUUUAUCAGAUUAUCCUUCUGUUCAAUUUGACAAAAAUUCUUAUGACUCAAAUACAGAUAUAACAACACGUAUUAGUCUAUUUAGUCGACUUUAUUUAUUUUCUGCUGUCAAAUUGUUUUUGGAUUGGCUUUCAAGUUCACAAUUUCAACACUUAAAUUUAUCUUUUUUUCAAAAUAUCAAUUCCACAUUAACAGAUAAUACAAUUAAUAAGUCACAGAAACCUAGUAGAGCUAGUAUUAUUUGGCAGGCAUCUGUAGAAAAAUUCGUAUCACAACUAAUCCCAUUGUUAAAUAGUAUUCAUCCAAUAUUCGAUCAAAUGUCUCAUGAAAUAUUGUGCAAAAAUGUAACCAACACGUCAAAAUCAUGUGAGAUUAGUCAUUUUGAUGAAAACGAACAGUUACGUGUGGAUUCAUGUACUCACUUGACUGAAUCAAAUACCGAUGAUAAAACUAAGUUCAACAUCGUUCAUCAUUUAUCACAUGAUGUUUACCGGACAAUAGAAAAACUGUUUUCUCAACAAAUUCCCAAUUCAAAUAAGUUUCCUGUUGAAGAACAAAAUGGAUCAGGGAAAAAUCUUACAAAAGAAACUAUAAUCCAUAAUGAUGAAAAAUCCAAAAUUUAUCCUCUUCCUGAAGAUUGGUUAUUACUUGGCUUACCAUCAAUGAAUUGUAUUCAUGAAAAAAUCGAUUUUCAUAAUGGAUGCAUAUCACCGUCAUUAAAUGAAAUAGACGAAACCGUACUUCGGUGCACCUCCCUUACGUUUCAUGGGUGCAGUUUAGCAUCAUACAGUGGUCAAUUGAGUUUAUAUGUUACACAUAAUUCUACUGGAAAUGGUCAUCGACCUUUUAAGUGUGAUAUACCAUUAACUAAUGUUGCUUGUUUAUCCUCUUCCAAUAAUUCUAAUUGGCAACAUUCGAGCCGACGGAGACGUCGUGGUCGUCGAUAUCAGUUCUAUCCUGGCUAUGGAACAUGUGAUCGUUACAGUUCUUCCUGUCCCAAUACUGGUUAUCAACAUAACAGAACUGAUCCUCGUAAUACAUGUGUACCUCAUAGAGGUCACUCCUAUCGGGAACAUGCUAGAUAUUCAGGCUCGGCUAAAGGACACAAGUCAUAUUAUGAUUCCAGACAUCGUAACAGACACUCACAACAAGCGGAUCAUCAUCAUAACGAUUGGGAUACAAUAGAGUCUGUUCAACAUUUAGAAGUUUCACAAUCUGAUGUUCCUCAAUCUGUCUCCAAAAGUAAUGCACAAAGAUCUGAUUCAUCUUCAGUGGUUAAAUGUGAUACAGAAUUAUCUGAUAAACCUCAAAUUAAUUCAACAGAAACUGACCAGUCACGUCGAGAUCAAGCUAUGCGAGAUAUGGCUCGUCUUCGGCUACUCAAUGAAGUGGAUCAAUUAGAACGUCAAUUUCGUAAUCAAUCACCUCUUUCAUCCACUAAAAGAAGCACUAGUACUGAGUCUUCCAUGCAGAACUCAGAUUCAAAUAUUCAGAAUAAAAACUUGGAAUUUGAUAUUAACAAAAGCUUUUUGUCACCUUUUCUUGUCAUAGAUGCUUACUGCUUAACCAGCCAUUUACCCAUGGUCAAACAAUUAGUCAGUUCUAAUCGUUUCAUUUUAAUCAUACCACAAGCAGUUAUUUCCCAUUUGGAUUACUUGAAGAAAACAAUGGCAUCCGCUAGAGUAGCGAUACGAUAUCUGGAACAUGAAGCUCACGGUGGCAACCGUUAUCUGCGGUUACAAAAACCAGAUGAACAGCCGAAUCGACCCAUUGAACUUCAUCGUCAAGACGCCGUACAUAACGAUGCUCAAGAUUUGAUAACCGAUACGGAAGAAGAGGAACCUAAAGUAUCCACCAACCAAAGCUUAAAUCUUCGUGUUGUAAGAAGAUGGGUUAAUAUCCUGGAUUGUGCAUCUUACUUUGCACAGACACUCAAAGAUUCAAACAAAUCAUCUGAUUUAACAUCUGUAAACAAAAACUCUUUGCUAAAACAAGCUACCAGUUCAGAUGAACAGGAUAUCAAUGACCUCCUAUAUUCGCUUAAUAUUUCACCUCCAUAUGUUGAUCUACUAAAUAAAGAAUGCAUUACAAAUGAAUUGAAUGAGUUGUCACUUACUAAAACAGCACCUGUGACCAUUCUGAUUGGAUUUAGAAAUACAUCCAUCGACGAUACAAUAGUCCCUCAAGACUUUUUAAAGCUUGCACUAAAUCAUGGCGUACGGUUAGAAUCGAUUCGCUCCUUUAUUCAACGUUGGAAAGCAAUCAAAACAUGAUAAGAAUAAUGAAAAACGUAUUUAUAUAUAUUCAACUGAUAUGUAUCAAUCAAGUUUAUGUAAUGGCUGCAUAAAACAAACAAGAUAAGCAAAAACUUAUCAACUGCAAUGUAUAUUCCCUUCCCGUAAAUCGAUGGAAUUAUUGCUACACACAGAAUUCCAAACUAGAAAGUAAAAACAUUUACUCAACAUGUGCUACGGUAAUCAUUCUCCACUUUAAUAAUCACCAUCGCUUUUACUCCGUUAUCUCCAAAACGAGUUAUUUUCGUUUUUCAUAGUCUUUGCUAUUGCUGUCUUUUCCAACUUAUUUAGUCAUGUUGUGCAACUUAUUUUUAUAAUUAUGAAUUACUAGCUACUUUCUGGAACAUUCUUGAUUGAUCUUUCUGUUGUGAAUUUAUGUCCGGCUUUUUAGCACGUGAUUUAUUCACCAAUCAAAAUACGACCUAUCCAAUCUUACCACUGUGUCAAACCAAUGACGUUUGACCGACAUAAGCAGCCUAGCGUCCUUAUUAGUCCCUUUGUCUGUCUAGCCCUUCCAGUUGAGUCCAGAACACCAAUAA